AUGCACGCUACUUAUAGCACGGUGAAGCCCCGCCUUCUUGUGACCGUUUCGAAUCAGCGGGUCGUGGCUGAAGUAACUGUUAUGAACCAUGUUGUCAAUGACGGUUCGUUGCAUACUAUCACAGGGGGUCAUCUAUUUGGCGGUGUCCCCGGCAACACCAAUCUCGUCAAAUUCAAUGACUCUGUCGCCUGGAAUGAUGGCCGGAUCACCGCAAUACAGAUGCUCUGCGGCAAGUACCUGCUUGCCUUUAAGAUCCAGUAUAAUGGCGUGUGGUCAGUUCAGAGAGGAUUCUGGAACCCUGCCUGUUCGGAAAACCAAACGUGGACGCCAGCGCACGAGUUUGGAGAGGACGAAUGGAUACAACACGCGGCGUUUACGGGCUCACGCUGGCCUAGCGUCACAUUCACAACAAACAAGCGCCAGCUGGAAACAUGUGGCGUACCCGUGACGUCACCCAGAUACCUGGAGGGUGGAAGGCUGGAGUAUGUCAGUGGGAUAUUUGGUUGCUACUUCGACGAAUUGCAGUUUUACUGGUCAAAUUACAGAGAUUCCAAUUAA